CAAGAUCCACCAAAUCUCAAAAAUUUCAAAUAGCCCAUCGUCAUGUGGCUUCGGAAACCCUCCUCUGAUCGCGGCAAGGACCCCGACGGCAAUUUGCAAUGGUGCCCUAGCCUGACUCGCAGCAGAUCUCGUUCUGAGAAGAUUUGCAUCGAGGGUAUACUGCAAUUUGGGAGGUUCUGCCAAGCUCGCUUACGGCAUAGAACAGGAACGAAAUUAAUUCCCGGCGGUAUGAUCCUUGGCACCAUUGGUUCAUUGCCCCGUAUCACGGCUGUCUGAAGUGAAAGAGAAACAAGGGUCUUCACGGUAGAGAUCUCGGAUUGUCGUAUCCGUAGUUGGCGCAUGUGUUUCUACCUUGACCGAGAUCGACAAUCGAUCUCUUUCGCGCCCCAUUCUUCCUUACAAGGCCUCCUGUCUGCUACAUAGGACAACGAUGAAGGGCAGCCUACGUCGUCCGAAGCUUCGAAUUUGGCUUAGUGCCUUGAUCUUGGUGAUAACACUCACUUUGAUCCUGGCUUAUAGCUCCGUUGCCGGUCUAGUGAAUCGAGGAGAGGCGGCGAUCAGCCUUGUCGCUACUUUUAUUCUCUUUCCUUUGUCGGGAGCCGUGACAUUGAACGUCGAUGCUCAAUUGGAAGAACAGCGAAGGAGGUUGAGCG